AUGAGAGAGAAACUAAAAGCGGCAAGGUCAAGAGCAGAAAGUAAUUUAUUGCAAGGCUCCAGUCCACAACCCAGGUGUUUAAAAAGCAUCAGAGAAAGUAAGACAGAAGUCGGACGGGAUAAAGUGUCUGAUAAUGAUAAAUUUAAGGACAUGCAAGAGGAUGAAUCCCACUUACCAUCAAAAAUAAAGUUUCGUGAUUCUGUAAAAAAGCUUAAGCAAAAGUCAACAUUCCAGAAUGAUUUUCCUUCCACUGAAGAAGCAUAUAAUUUCUUUACCUUCAAUUUUGAUCCUGAACCAGAGAGUAUAAAGCCUGGAGCCAGGAAAAAGAAUGAAUUAAAUGAAGAAGAGGAGACAGGAGAAGAACAUGUAGAAACCCAUGAGGAUGAGCAAGAGGAGGAUGAAACGGAUGAAGACAUACGCCUAGUUAAAGAUGAUGAUUUAUUCAUUAUAGGGCAGACAGCUGAAGAUUUUCUAGUAAUGAAACCUGCUGUUUGUGAAAGCUAUUCUGAGCAACUGAAAAAGGAAAAAGAAUUUCUCUUCACUCCCAGCACGCUAGCAGUGCCCAUUUCUGAGAAGAUGCCUGGAAACAUGCAGCCUAGGUACCUUGAGGAUGAGGGUCUUUACACAGGAGAAAGGCCCUUUGUAUCACAGUCUAAUCAAAAUAUUUUAGAAAACAGAAUACUCAGACAGGAGCAAGGUAAAGAGUGGUUUGGUGACGAUGGCAAAAUCUUAGCAUUGCCUAAUCCAAUUAAACAGUCUUCUACUAGGCCUCCAAUAUUCUCACUGGAAGAAGGCAUUGCACCAGAACUUGAAACAGUGUAUAGAAAGGCAAUAAAGAUGACAGCUGCCAAUCAGUAUCUUGUCGGACAUGGAGAUUUUCAGGGGCCUUUUCAAUUGGAUGUUGAUAUUUCUGGACUGAUAUUCACCCAUCAUCCCUGUUUUAGCCGUGAGCAUGUGUUAGCAGCUAAAUUGGCUCAGUUAUAUGAUCAGUAUUUAGCAAGAAAACAGAAGAAUCUUACCAAACUUCUCACAGACAAGCUGCAUGCUUUGAGGAAUGCUGUGCAAUGUAGUAUAGACAAUGCUGGUGCUGGUGUUCCUAGACCUGUGGCACAACAGAGCAUACCUGAAUACAAAAUGGAGAUCAGGCAAACCAGAAGACUUCGUGAUGCUGAAGAAGAAAAAGACAGAACAUUGCUUAAAACCAUUAUAAAAGUUUGGAAACAAAUUAAAUCCCUCCGUGACUUUCAGAAGUUUACUAACACACCCAUGAAACUUUAUUUGAGGAAGGAAGUGGUUGAUCAGAGAUUAGAUGAAAAAGCAUAUGAAGCAGAAAUUCAGUCUGAGAUAAAUGAAUUACUAGAAGAAUGUAUGGAAGAAUAUGAGAAGAAAAUGGAGGAGUAUAAAACUGAGCUACAAGAGUGGAAAUCCUGGAAGAAAACACAGAAGUCCAAGAAGAAAAAGAAGAAAAAAGACAUUCAUGAUGAAGAAGAAUUGGUAGAAGAUUGUGAUCUUGGUGAGGAACGUGUAAAACCCAUCCCACCUAAAAUGGCCAAUAGCCUGGAAAUAGAGCGGCGGGUUAGAGAAAAAGCUGACAACUGCAGAAGGAAACCUGGAGAGCCUGCUCUAAUUCCUGAACUGGUCCUGUCAGGAAACAUAACUCCAACUGAGCUGUGUCCUCGAGCAGAAGUUUUGCGACGAGAAGAUGUGAAGAAACGCUCAACAUUUAUAAAAGUCCUUUUCAACUCCAAAGAAGUAUCAAGGACUGUUACCCGACCAAUAAGUUCAGAUUUCAGAGUUCACUUUGGACAGAUUUUCAAUUUACAAAUAUUCAAUUGGCCAGAGAGUUUGAAACUACAGAUAUACGAAACAACGGGUAUGAGCAGUACCACCUUGUUGGCUGAAGUGUUCAUACCUGUUCCUGAGCCUACAAUUCUGACAGGCAGUGCUCCUAUGGAAGAAAUAGAAUUCAGCAGCAAUCAGCGUGUGAUGCUGGACCAUGAAGGAGUUGGGAGUGGUGUGUCCUUUUCAUUUGAAGCUGAUGGUAGCAAAAAAAUGACUUUAAUGACCUCUGGGAAAGUAUCCAAUAGCGUCUCUUGGGCAGUUGGAGAAAAAGGAAUCCCCUUAAUUCCUCCAGUGUAUCCGCAAAACACAGGCAUUCCAAGUGCUUUAAAAAACAUUGAUGCUAUUGCAUCCAUUGGCACAUCGGGCUUAACUGACAUGAAGAAACUAGCUAAGUGGGCAGCGGAAGCAAAACUUGAUCCAAAUGACCCAAACAAUGCAGCUCUGAUGCAACUGAUCAUGGUUGCCACAAGUGGAGAGGCACACGUUCCUGACUUCUUCAGAUUGGAACAGUUGCAGCAAGAAUUUAAUUUUGUUUCUGAUGAGGAAUUUAAUAGGUCAAAGAGAUUCCGACUCUUGCAGCUUAGAAGUGGGGAGGUGGCAGAGUUCAGAAACUAUAAGCAAGUCCCUUUACAUGAACGAGAAAUCAGUGAGAAAAUCUUCCAGGACUAUGAGAAGAGACUGCAAGAGAGGGAUGUGAUUGACAGCAAAAAUUACCUAGAUGCACACAGAGCAGUUGUUGCCAACUAUCUACAGAAGGUUCGAGAAUCAGUAAUAAACCGUUUCCUCAUAGCAAAACACCAUUUCCUUCUCUCUGACCUUGUCAAUGAAGAGGAGAUUCCCAGCCUGGGUAUUUUGGGACUCAGCCUUUUUAAACUGGCAGAGCCAAAACGACCAUUAAAGCCAAGAAGAAAAGAAAGGAAGAAGGUCACAGCACAGAAUUUGUCAGAUGGAGACAUAAAACUGUUAGUGAACGUCAUUAGAGCUUAUGAUAUUCCAGUGAGAAAACCAGCAAUGAGCAAGCUUCAACAACCAUCCAAAUCUUCAAGGUCCUUUAAUGAGAUGUUUGCAGCCUCUCCGUCAGCUCAGAGUCCAACUGAUAGCCCAGAUUGGGCAUUCAAUCAGGUUUUAGUCCGUCCUUUUGUAGAAGUUUCUUUUCAGCGAACAGUCUGCCGGACAACAACAGCAGAGGGUCCAAACCCCAACUGGAAUGAGGAACUUGAGCUUCCAUUUAGAGCUCCUAAUGGUGACUACAGCACGCACAGUUUGCAGUCAGUGAAGGAUGAAGUCUUCAUUAAUGUUUUUGAUGAAGUACUUCAUGAUGCUGUAGAGGAUGAUCGUGAAAGAGGAAGUGAAAUCCACACUCAUGUUGAGAGACACUGGCUGGGAUGUGUUAAGAUUCCAUUUACGACCAUAUAUUUUCAAGCGAGGAUUGAUGGUACAUUUAAGGUGGAUAUUCCUCCAGUCCUCCUUGGCUACAGCAAAGAAAAGAACCUGGGAGUCGAGAGAGGUUAUGAUUCUGUGCGAAAUAUGAGUGAGGGCUCGUAUAUAACACUGUUUAUUACCAUUGAACCACAGCUCAUUCCUGGAGAGUCAGUCAGAGAAAAGUUUGAUACCGAAGAAGAUGAGAAAUUGCUCCAGGCAGCAGCAAAGUAUGAAGCUGAAUGUACGUCAAAGUUUCCAAGCCGCCAAUGCCUAACAACUGUAAUUGACCUCAAUGGGAAAACAGUUUUUAUUACCAGAUAUAUCAAACCUCUGAAUCCACCACAGGAGCUUCUUGAUGCUGUCCCAAAUAGUUCUCAAACAGCAGCAGAAUUGGUGGCUCGAUAUGUGGCUUUGAUUCCUUUUUUGCCAGAUAGUGUGUCAUUUGCUGGAAUUUGUGAUUUAUGGAGUACAUCAGACCAAUUUCUUUAUCUUCUGGCGGGAGAUGAGGAAGAACAUGCCGUGCUCUUGUGUAAUUAUUUUCUUGGUAUGGGGAAAAAAGCUUGGCUUAUCAUUGGAAAUGCUAUUCCUGAGGGACCAACUGCAUAUGUAUUAACUUUGGAACAAAGUCAGUAUGUAAUUUGGAAUCCCAGUACUGGAUGUUUUUAUGGGCAGUAUGAUACUUUCUGCCCCUUACAAAAUGUGUACUGUCUGAUCAGCUGUGAUAACAUUUGGUUUAAUAUGCAAGAAUAUGAUUCCCCAAUAAGGAUAAACUUUGAUAUCAGCAAACCAAAACUUUGGAAGUCGUUCUUCUCCAGAAGCUUGCCCUACCCUGGUCUCCACAGCAUUCAGCCUGAAGAAUUAGUAUAUCAGCAUUCGGACAAGGCUGCUGCGGUGGAACUGCAGGGCAGGAUUGAAAAAAUAUUAAAAGAUAAGAUUAUGGAAUGGAGACCAAGGCAUCUAACUCGUUGGAACAGAUACUGUACCUCUACCCUACGUAACUUUCUGCCACUGCUGGAAAAAAACCAAGGCAAAGAUGUAGAAGACAACCAUCAGGCAGAGCUGCAAAAACAGCUAGGAGAUUACAGGGUCUCUGGAUUUCCUAUUCAUAGGCCAUUUUCUGAAGUCAGACCUUUAAUAGAAGCUGUAUACAGCACAGGAGUUCAUACGAUUGAUGUUUCCAAUGUUGAAUUUGCUCUAGCCGUGUAUAUUCAUGCUUAUCCCCAAAAUGUUCUCUCUGUAUGGAUUUACAUUGCUUCACUUGUUCGAAAUAGGUAGUACAGACCAGUCGGAAUACUUCAAGAAAUUAGCUUGUGUAGGGUAAAUAUAACAGAUUUCUCACACUACUGCUUUGAGCUAUGCCAAGCAUUUUGAAAAUAGAAUGACAACCUGAUUU